AUGGUAGCAUCCUGUCACGGGAUAAUAUGCAUACAUGAUAAAAAAAAAGCCAAGGAUAUUGGUCUCUGGAACCCUGCUACGAGACAAGUCAGACUUCUCCCAAAACCGUUAAGUAAUGGAGAUUUACACGAGGAUUUUGUUGGCUUCGGAUUGGACGUCGAAAACAAGGAUUACAAAGGGCUGCUAGUCACGUCAUUCAAACAGCAGGGGUGGAAGGAAAGAUACCCUUUAGAUUGUGUUUGUAAAGUUCAAAUUUACAGCCUUCAUACUGAUUCUUGGAGAUGGGUAGACGUGGAUUUGCCCAUCCAUUGUCCAAGUCUAUAUAAUUAUAAGCAGGGACUAUAUCUGAAUGGCAACUAUUUCGUUUUAGGCGUCCAAUACUGUUACCCAGAUGUAUAUUAUGUUUUCGUGAUACUUUCAUUCGAAUUUAACAAAGAGAUAUUUAGAAAAAUUCCGGCUCCAGCUGGUAGUCGAGUACCAUGCUCUCACCUGACCCACUUAUAUACAAUAGGUGAUAAACUGGCUUGCACAUUGGAUCGUGACUGCGAUUUCUUUGAAGUAUGGGUUCUGAAUGAUCAUAAUAUGAAGGAGGAGUCUUGGGCUAAAAUUUAUACUAUCGGACCCUUGUGGGAUAGUAGGAUUCUGAAUGAUUACAGUAUGGAGGGCACUAAACUUUGUAGUCCCUACAAACCCCCAUUUGCGUUUACAAGGAAUGGCCAGUUUGGAUUUCUAAUGGCUCAAGGUAUGCAGUUAAUCAACUUUGCUACGGAUCAAAGGGAGGAUCUCAAUUUUGGUCAUGUGUGCAAUGUUGACCUCUACAAAGAAAGCCUCGUUUCAAUCCAUGCACAUGGCUAG